ACAUUUUUGUUUUCAUUUAUUUAAUUAUUGAACAGAGUUAUUGAUUAAAUGUUGUAAUAAAUAUAUUACAUAAACAUAAAUGCAUAAUUAUUAGUGUGUAUUAAAGUGCAGUGAAUGUAAGAUUGAUUGAUUAACAUAAAGAACAUUCACUUGGCUCAAAUAUCUCAAAAUGUCAGAAGCUGCUGAUGAUCAGAUAAUUAAAAUUGAACCACAAGAAUAUCCAAUCGAAGACAUUAAUUGAGGAAGACCCUGAAUCAUGUUCAGAGGAUGACAAAACAUGUUUCAAGAGGUUUAUGAACUCCAUAGUAAAGAUAGAAGAGGAAGUCCAACAAGAAUUAAUUCAAACUCCCCCUUAUAAAUGUGACAUGUGUAAUAGAUCAUUUAAAAGGCUACACAAUUUAAAACAGCAUAUGGUAGUUUAUAAACGCCAGUGUACAAAUUGUUCAAAGACUUUUUCAGAAGCAAGUGCAUUAGAAAUACACUUAAAAUCUCAUACAGCUGAAAAACAUUCCAAAUGUACAAAGUGCAAUAAAGCAGUUAAUAAAUGUGAUUUAGAUCAACAUAUUUGUGCUCGUACCAAAGAACAAAAUUUACACUUGAAUGAAUCUGGUGAUCGAAAACAAAAUAUUUAUGCUGAUACUGCAAAGAGACCUUAUAAAUGUCAAUUAUGUUGUAAAGCAUUCAAAAGAUCGAACCAUUUGGAUCAACAUAUGUUCAUUCAUACUGGGGAACGUCCUGAAAAGUGUAAAAUAUGUAAUAAGGCAUUUGCACAUACAAGAGUCUUGAAACGACAUAUGCUCAUUCAUACUGGAGAACGUCCUAAUGAAUGUAAAAUAUGUGGAAAGACAUUCACCCAAUCUACAAACUUGAAGAGACAUAUGCUCAUUCAUACUGGAGAACGUCCUAAUAAAUGUACAGUAUGUGAUAAGACAUUCACACAAUUGAGUAACUUGAAUCGACACAUGCUGUCUCACACUGGGGAAUGCAGCAAUAAUUGUAAAAUAUGUGAGAAGGCAUUCACAGAUUCAAGUACCUUGAAUGAACAUAUGAAGAUUCACAUUGUAGAUCGUCCACACGAAUGUAAAAUAUGCAAGAAGGCAUUCAUAUAUUCCUAUCGCUUGAAUAGAAAUAUUUUGAUUCACAGUGGGGAACGGCCCCACCAAUGUAAAAUAUGCAAUAAAACAUUUAUACAAUCGAGUCAUUUAAAUAAACAUAUUCUCAUUCACAUUGAGGAUCGUUUCCAUGAAUGCAAAAUAUGCAACCUUGCAUUCAGACUAUCAAGUCAUUUGAAAAAGCACAUGCUUGUUCACACCAAUGAGUAAUUAUAAAUCAUCAAUAAUGGAUUUACAUACUCCUGAACUGAUACA